AUGUCUUCUCAAGCCCGCCGCGAGCGAGCCUUGAGUGACAGGACGCAAGCGAUGCCCGUAGGACCCCCGCAGCGCCCCGGGAUGGGCAAUCGGACGUCGUCUGCCCCGGCAGGCGAAUUACACGAAUUGGAUUCCGGCCGCAGAUCGGGACCGAAUGUCGGACACACCCUCAUGGAAGAGGAAGGCCCUUCAAGGAAAAGCAGCAAUGCCUCCAAGCGGUCUCGGUCUCGGAACAACGGGGACGAGGAACCCUCCAAGGCCAGUCUACCAGAAGUCACCAUUGCCGUGGUCGGUGAGGAUAAUGCCGGGAAGUCGAGCUUUAUCAAGUGGGCCCUGGACAUGAAAUAUGCCCCGUCGUCGUUCUCGACCAAGAAGAAAAUGUCCCUGGACGGAUCGGUCUACAUGAUCAUAUGGCCCCGGUUGGGCGACGAGGCCGCGGCGCCCAUCGUCGACGGAGUAUUAAUGCUUCAUGAUGCCACUCAACCCGAGAGGUUUGACCAAACCUCCACAGAUCUCAUCGAUGCCAUGGAUGCACCGCCGUCACCCCUGCCCUUGCUGCUGGUUGCAUGCAAGUGUGAUCUACGGCCGGAGGACAGCGAAAUGGCCGUGGUCCACGAGCGCCACGAGAUUUACCGAACCUCGCCCGAGUCGCCCCGAUCGCAGCAAAUGUGCAUUGCGCUCGUGUUGCGAGCCGUUAUUUCGCACCGAGAAGACCUCGCCUCGUCUGACCGUAAUCCUCCUCCGCCCGCCCCUGCCCCGCCGCGCACGACGACCAAGUCUUUUCAACCCACGCCGCCCCUCGACUGGCAGCACCAUCGUGCCAAUUCAGUAACCUCUACCGCCCUCGCCCCCGGAGCCGCUGGCGGCUCGUCAUCGUCGGUCUCCGAUCGAGUCGAUGGGAACGGUGUACACCGUGUGCCCACCGACCCAGCCGUCCCCUCCGAUCUGGCGCAACAGCAUGCUUCCAGUUCGUCGCGAAAUGCCCGAAGUAAUUCUCAACCGGUGCGACCGCAAACUCCACCGUCAGGCGCACGUCUGAAUCCGCGUCGCCCAUCCGCCCAGGGGGAUCGCUCUCCCAUCCAGGAACACCAGCGUCAACGCCUUGAACCUGCCUGGGGACACAGCGGAGGCGCCGACGCCUUCAGCAGCUUUUUGAAUAUGGAGGAGAUGGAUGGCAGCCAGACCAUGAUCCCAGGCAACGUCGUGCGCCCGAAGCCUAGCAGCGAGAGCAAUUCGAGCGCCGAGUCGGGUUUAAGCUUCGACGAGUUGGUCGAUCGUCUGGUCGCCCAGCCCAUGUCGAAGCAGGACUCGAAGUUCGUCUCCAUCUUUUUAUGUCUCUACCGAAAGUUCGCCGCUCCGGCGGCCCUUCUCAAUGCCUUAGUCACUCGGUUUGAGAAGAACGAAUCCAGCAACAGCGAUCAGCUUGCCCGUAUGGCCGACCAGCUGCGCCUCCUCAAUGUCAUCGCCCUCUGGGCCUCGGACUACCCGGGCGAUUUUGCCUACCCGAAAACUCGGAAACGAAUCACCGAUUUCGUGGCUACCCUCGAAAAGAGCCACUUCUACAUGUUUGCAGCCAAAGAGAUCGGCUCUUUUCUCGACUCGAACGCCGAAGAUGACGAUAUGGGAUGGGCCUUCAGCGAUGGCGAUGUGGAUGAUUCCAGUCUCACAGAAACAUUCUUCGAUAACUCUGGUCGAAGCUCGCCAGCGCCUUUCCUGACAGGCACUUACGACGAUGGCGACGAAGACGAAGAGGAAGAGGAUCCUAUCUACAGCAUGAGCAAUCUGGACCUCAGCGAUGGGCCACAUGACUCGACAUCACGUCUCUCAGGAACAUUAUCUAUUUCCUCCAACACCGACAAACCCUCCACCACCCUCAACCAAUCAUUUUCUCUUCUAUCCAUGGAGGCUUCACAAAAAGAAGCCCUCCGACUGGAACUCAGUUCCAGGACCGUGCUCACCAAAAUCCAAUGGCGCUACUUUAUGGAGACGCCGGAUGAGGAUUUUGCGCGCGAAUUGACUCGCAUCGAUUGGAUCAUGUACAACUCCUUCCGCCCUCGUGAUCUCGUGCGCCAUGUCAGCAUAUCGGGAGUGGACAAGGACAAGAUUAAGAGCUUGCAGAAUGUCAAUCGUAUGGUCCGUCAGUUCAACCAUUUGGCAUUCUUCGUGGCAAGCAUGAUUCUUCUUCGGGACAAACCCAAGCACCGAGCGAGAUGCUUGGAGAAGUUUAUGGGGAUCGCGGCCAAACUGCGUCGUCAAAAUAAUUACAACUCCCUGGGCGCUGUCAUUGCUGCAAUUAAUGGCACCCCUGUUCACCGUCUCACCCAGACCCGCGAAUUGAUCCCCGUCCAGACCCAGAAGGAGUUCAUGCGUCUGGUGAUUCUCAUGAGCACCCAGCGAAGCCACUUUGCCUAUCGCCUGGCCUGGGAAAACUCAUUCUCCGAGCGGAUUCCUUUUCUUCCACUGCAUCGCCGCGAUCUGGUCUCUGCCGAGGAGGGCAACAAGACGUUCGUGGGCGAGAACAAGUCUCGCAUUAAUUGGAAGAAAUUCGAGGUGAUGGGCGAGGUUAUCCUUGGGAUUCAGCGGAGCCAAAAGUCGCCCCAUCCCCAAGCCCAAAAGUACGACGAUAUCGAACGAUUGAUCCUGGAUUCAAAGCUGUCGGGAGACGAGGAGGACUUGUAUGCUCGCAGCCUGCAAGUCGAACCAUCCAACGGCAGCGAGCCCAGCCGAAAGAAAUUCGGCUGGCUACGCGCAUAG